AUGGCUCUGUUGACUCUCCACAGGAUCCCCUCAAUCAGUGUCGCAGAUGAAACUACCCAAAGGAGAGGGAGAUUUCAGAAAAGGGAGAGCUUUGCCCUUGUGAAGGGAGCGGUGCUUCUUCUAGAAGAGGCCCAAAAAGAGGAGCAUGAUGAGGAAAUGCCUCCCCAGAAACAGGAAGACAGCACCCAGGACAAGCGUCACAAACACAUUCAUGCCAUGGUUGAGCUACUUCGACCAGAAGAUAGCAUCAAGCUGGCUGUGCAAUUGGAGUCCGUCAGCACAGUCCGAGUCAGGUAUCUCAUCGUUGUCUCCACCCGCGCUAACAAAGAUGAGACCAUCCUGCUCGGCAUGGAUUUCCCCAAACAGGACAGUGAUGAGUGCACCAUUGGCUUGGUUCUGCCUGUUUGGAGCGACACACAAGUGUAUCUGGACGGAGAUGGCGGUUUCAGUGUCACAUCAGCAGAAGAAACGAGAAUUUUCAAGCCAGUUUCCAUGCAGACCAUGUGGUCAGUACUUCAGUCAUUGCACGGCUGUUGCGAGCGGGCCGUCAAAGGCGCCGUGAUCCCUGGCUGCGGCCUAGAGUGGGCCCAGCACUACCUGCAGCACGUCGAGUCGGACCGCUUCUGCCUCAAUGAGUGGGAGGCCAUGGAUGACCUGGAGUCGGUCAGGAAGGACAGCGACAGUCAAAAUUCUGCAGACAGAAACUCCAAAGAGAGGCUGAUCAAGGAGCACCUGAGAGAUAUCAUGAGGACAGAAGACCUGGAUAACCUUACAUCUAAGAUGGUCCACACGGCCCUGAAGACGCGAAUCGGCUUUGACAUGAGGCCCUUCAAGGAGUACAUUGAUAACGAGAUCCUGGUCACUAUGGCUCAGAUGGACAAACCCUCCAAGAUUUUUGACUACCUUUACUUGGGCUCCGAGUGGAACGCAGCCAACUUUGAGGAGCUGCAGAAAAACAACGUGGGCUACAUCCUAAACGUAACCAGGGAGAUCGACAACUUCUUCCCAGAAUCCUUCACCUACAUGAACAUCCGAGUGUAUGACGUGGAGUCCACCGAUCUGCUCUCCCACUGGACCGACACGUACAACUUCAUCAACACCGCGAGGAAGAGCGGGCAAGCGGUGUUGGUGCACUGUAAAAUGGGCGUGUCUCGUUCCUCCUCAACCGUGAUCGCCUACGCCAUGAAGCAGCAGCGCUGGUCACUGGAUGUGGCGUUGGCGUACGUGCGGGAUCGUCGGUCCAUCGUCAAACCUAACGACAGCUUCAUGAAGCAGCUGCAGACCUACAGUGGCAUCCUCAACGCCAGCCAGCAGCGCCACAGUUUACUCUGGAGGCGAAAGUCCAAAGACCAGAGGCAGAAAUCGGAGCGCAAAGAUGAUGGAGAUAAGCCAGGUGGAGAUGAUGAAGAGGAGGAGGAGGAAGAAGAUGAGGAAGAAGAGGAAGAGCAGGAGGAUGAAGGCCUCGAUGAGGGUGACAGCAUCACAGAGAGCGAUGAUGAAAAAGAGGAGUUCCCGGAAGAGGUGUUUGCACUGCCCAAUCCCAACCAGGAACCUGGGGAGAAGGCGCCACCUGUCCUCAUCUCUACUCCAAGUGUCAGUCGCAGUGGCCGAAUGAACCUGUUCUCCCUCAUGCAGUCCAUUAGUGAACUAGAUGAUGUGGACAAAGGAUGCAGCCAGCUUCCCAGCAGUCCACGAAGAUCGCCACGUCAACGGAGGCGGAGCCACGGCCGGAAAGGUUUGAUCCACCAAGGCGCUUGUGUGGAUCUGUCACCUGAACCAGGGAGUCUGCAUGAUGCCACCCAUGACGAGCCUUGA